AUGCCAAAUCCUGCACCAGCAAUUUCAUCUGUGGUGCCUUCAGAACUAUCUGCACCCAGCAAGGAGGAUGUUGAAUUAGCAAUGGCUAUCAAUGCCUCCAUUCAAUCAGCUAUUGCAGAGGGAGUGCCCAAUGUUCAACCAAAUGCGUCCACUCCCAACAACAAUGGCUGGGGUAUCCCUCCAAGUAAUUCUCACAACGGAUGGGGACCACCAGUCACUCCUGCACCGUCAAAGACGAGUGGCCAAUCCCAAGCCCGGGUAGAUGCCCCAAGCAGCAGCACGUACAAUGGAUGGGAUGUGCCUGGAACAAGCUCUAGUCAAAGUUCAUCGAAACCCCACAAAACCGAAACCAACCCUCCAGUCUUGAUUCCAGAGGAAGCACUCCAGGCUCUUCCAACCCCAACUGCGCCACCAUUCGCUGAAGAAACCUUCUACAGUGGUCCUGUUCACUAUCCAUCCAUAGACUCUACGCCUGUUGAUGUAACCAUGCCGGCUGCCACCGAAGGCGGUACAACAGUCAGUACAACGGCAGCACCUACGAAACAGGAAGAAAGUGAAGCUGAUGCAAGCGACAGCGGCAAAACUCCUGCAGGUACUUGUGUUAUAUGUUUGGAUGCUCCUGUGGAAGGCGCCUGCAUCCCAUGCGGUCACAUGGCUGGUUGCAUGUCCUGCUUGAAGGACAUAGAGUCGAAGAAGUGGGGAUGCCCUAUCUGCCGUGCCACGAUUAACCAGGUUGUUCGCCUCUAUGCUGUUUGA